CUGAUACCCAGAGGCUCGGUAACUUCUCCAAGACUGCUCUGAGAACCCAGGAUGAAGAUCUGUUACUGGAAAACAGGAAUUAGCUUGUCUGCCUGAGGAUGUGGUUGGCGCUUUAUAAAAAGGAUAUAGAAGAAAUUUGCACAGAUUGCCAGCUUCGUUAUGCUGCCGACAGCUUCCAGCAAAAGAAGAACCUUCGCAGCCAGAUAUUUCACCCGCUCCAAGAGCCUGGUGAUGGGGGAGCAGAGCCGCAGCCCAGGGCGGCCGCCAGGACCCUGCAGGUUGGGCCCUGUGCUGAAGGCAGGCUGGCUGAGGAAGCAGAGGAGCAUCAUGAAAAACUGGCAACAGCGCUGGUUUGUGUUGCGUGGGAAUCAGCUUUUCUAUUACAAAGACAAAGAUGAGACCAAGCCCCAGGGAUUUAUUUCUCUACAAGGGACCCAGGUGACUGAACUUCUUCCUGGCCCUGAGGACCUGGGAAAACACCUCUUUGAGAUCAGCCCAGGUGGUGCCGGGGAGCGGGAGAAGGUGCCAGCCAACCCUGAGGCGCUCCUGCUCAUGGCCAGCUCCCAGCGUGACAUGGAGGACUGGGUGCAGGCCAUCCGCCGGGUCAUCUUGGCCCCGCUUGGCGGAGGGAUCUUUGGGCAGCGACUGGAGGACACGGUCCACCAUGAGCGGAAGUAUGGCCCCCGCCUGGCCCCACUCCUGGUGGAGCAGUGUGUGGACUUCAUCCGGGAACGUGGGCUCACUGAGGAAGGGCUGUUCCGCAUGCCAGGCCAGGCCAACCUGGUGAGGGACCUGCAGGAUUCCUUCGACUGUGGAGAGAAGCCUCUGUUUGACAGCACCACAGAUGUGCACACGGUGGCCUCCCUGCUGAAGCUCUACCUGCGGGAGCUCCCUGAGCCCGUGAUCCCCUUCGCCAGGUACGAGGACUUCCUCAGCUGCGCCCAGCUGCUCACCAAGGACGAGGGGGAGGGGACUCUGGAAUUGGCUAAACAAGUGAGCAACCUUCCCCAGGCCAAUUACAACCUGCUCAGAUAUAUCUGCAAGUUUCUGGAUGAAGUUCAGUCCCAUUCAAAUAUCAACAAGAUGAGUGUCCAGAACCUGGCAACUGUUUUUGGACCUAACAUACUACGGCCACAGAUAGAGGAUCCGGUGACCAUCAUGGAAGGUACUUCCCUAGUCCAGCACCUGAUGACUGUCCUCAUCCGCAAACACAGCCAGCUCUUCACCACGCCUGCCCCAGAAGGACCUGCCUCCCCUGGUAGGGUCCCACAGUGCACAGUGGGGUGGGGCUCUGAGGAGAUCCCCAGCGACAGCCCAGGGGAGCCUGGUGGCUCCAGCCUGCCCACCCACAGGACCUCAUCUUUGGACGGACCAGCUGCAGCAAUGCUUUCUAGAACCUCCCCUCCGAGCCUCGGCAGCCAAGGUGGCCCUGCAGCCACCAGCCCUGGGAAGAGGGUACAGACUCUGCCCAACUGGAAGUCUUCCUUCCGGCAGCCAGGCUCCCGGUCAGGGAGCCCAAAGGCGGGCAGCUCGUCUCUAGAAGUGCCCAUCAUCUCCUCUGGCGGGAACUGGCUCAUGAAYGGGUUGUCUUCUCUGCGAGGUCACCGCCGGGCCUCAUCGGGAGACCGGCUCAAGAACUCAGGUUCCACACAAAGACUCUCCACCUAUGACAAUGUGCCCCCACCCAGCCUCUUUCCCAGCACUGUCAGCGUGACCAGCACCUUGUCCUCCCGGGAAGCCUCCCUCAGCAGCUGCACGGCCUGCCGGGCUAGUGACUCAUCCACCUGCAGCUCCCUGCACACCGAAUGGGCCCUUGAGCCCUCGCCGCUCCCCAGCAGCAGUGAGGACCACAGGUCCCUGGACCUGGGCCACAGUCUGGAUGAGGCGGGUGUAGGUGGCAGCGGCGACAGCGGUGAACCCCAGGACCCAGGCAGCCCGACCCAGGACCACUCCCGCCACUGCCAGGCUCUCCAGGGCCUGGUGGCUGAGCUCAGGGCAGAGCUGAACCGGCAGAGGACUGAGUAUGAGACGAGUCUGAAAAGCGUGGAAGCCAACAGUGCUGACCUGAGGAAACAGCUGUCACGGUUAGAAGAAGAGCUGGACCAGGAGAAGAAGAAGUACACCAUGCUGGAAAUCAAGCUGAGGAACUCUGAGCGGGCCCGGGAGGAUGCAGAGAGGAGGAACCAGCUGCUGCAGAAGGAGAUGGAGGAGUUUUUUUCUACCCUGGGAAGCUUGACUGUUGGAGUCAAAGGUGCCAGAUCCCCAAAGUGAGAGAACGGAAGAGCCCACUUGGCACCUGCUCCACUCUCCCCUCAGCAGAGCUGGCACAGGCCACAGGAGGAGCCAGAAGCCUCUCGCUCAGACCAGGCUGUUGGCAGGGCCAGGUGCUCUGGAACCAGCUGGAGAGAAAGACCCUGACACCCCGAUGGGGACUGUUGGGACCCCACACACCCCAGGUGGGAUCCGGGUGCUGCUUUUAUUGUGCGGGUCCUGAUGGGUGUCAGAGGGGACAGUGCCUGCCACAGAGCAGCAUUUAGCCUUUCACCCAGGAAGAGUCCCCCAUGGCCACCCAAACAGAUGGCCCUCAGGAGCGAGCAGC